UCUGGGGUGUGACUGUGGCGCGGGGAGGAGGUUAGCUGUCCUCCUCAGCAGCGAGGAGGAGGAGGAGGAGGAGGAGAGAUGGCCGCUGGAGGAGCAGGAUGCGGAGAUGCGGAGGAACAGUACCGGGGCGAGGUGGAGCGCCUCAGCAGGGAACUGUCCGAGGCCAACAGGGAGAAGGUCCGGGCGGCGGAGUGCGGACUCAUGGUCCUGGAGGAGAACCAGAACCUGAAGCAGCAGUGCGCAGAGCUGGAGGCCGAGCAGGAGGCUCUGAGGCUGGAGCUGGAGCAGCUACAGGAGGCGUUUGGUCAGGCUUACUCUACUCAGCGUAAGGUUGCUCAGGAUGGAGAAACCAACGAGGAGGCCCUGUUGCAAGAGUCUGCCACCAAGGAGGCAUACUUCAUUGGACGCCUUGUGGAGCUCCAGUCAGAGCUGAAGCACAGCCGGACCAUUGCCUGCACCACACAGACCCACAAUGAGCAUCUGAGCACGCUGCUGCAGGAACUCAGGGAGAGUCAUGAAAUGUCGGAGCUGCAAAGAAGCCGGAUGCAAGAGGAGAUCAGGGAGUACAAGUUCCGGGAGUCACGGCUUCUCCAGGAUUACACAGAGCUGGAAGAAGAGAACAUCUCUCUGCAGAAGCUGGUGUCAGCACUGAAACAAAGCCAGGUGGAGUACGAAAGCUUGAAGCAUCAGAUCAAAGUUCUGGAGGAGGAAACGGAGCUCCUCAACAGCCAGUUGCAGGAAGUGUUGCGCCUGAAGGACAUCUCUGAUGCUCAGCUAGAGGAGGCACUGGAGUCUCUGAAGAGUGAGCGUGAGCAGAAAAAGCACCUGCGUAGGGAGAUUCUCCACCAUCUCAGCAUGUGUGGCGUGGCGUACACUGGCAGCGCUCAUCUGAUGUUCACCUCUGCCCCCCCCAGUGGCACCGCCACCCCAACAUCGCUGCUCUCACCAAGUGCAGAAGACCCCACAAGGUGUAAUGGUCACCAGCAGGGUGGGGCAGUAACAGGCCUGUGGGCCAGGCCUACUGGGGAGUGCAUGGGACCGGCUCCGACAGCUGAUGGUGGAGCUACAGCGGACCUCUUCAGUGAGAUCAGCUUGAUGGAGCUUCAGAAGCUCCAACAGCAGCUGGUGACGGUUGAACACGAGAAAGCAGCUCUGAGGAGCAGCCUGCACGAGUCCCAGACUCAGCUUCAACACACACAAGGAGCCUUAGUGGAGCAGCACGAGGUGACUCGUCGACUCAGCCAGAAGGUUACAGCUCUCUGUUGCUCACACCUGGAGGCCCACACCUCGGUCAUCCCAUCAUCAAACUCUGAAUCCCUGAUGGAGCUGGACAGGGAGGAGGAGGAGGAGGCCAAAGACGGGGCAGAAAGUGAAGAGAAGAGUAAACCUCCAGUCUUCUCGUACCAGACUCCUGGUCUGGAGAUCCUGCAGUGCAAGUAUCGUGUUGCUGUGACGGAGGUGGUGGAGCUGAAAGCAGAGCUGAAGGCCACGAGAGAGAAGCUGGCCCAGCGGCAUGAGGGAACCUCUGAGGAGAAACCAGGAAGAGUCACUCAGCUCCAGAAGCUCCAGGGGCAGAAGAGCUGCCGAGAAAGACACGAAAAGAUUUGUGAGCUGGAGCUGGAGCUGCAGGCAGCUCAGGGGACAGUCAGAGAGAGUAAGGGAGCUGUGUCUGCAGCGCAGGAGGAGCUGGUGGCUCUGAGUGAGGAGCUUGCACAGCUCUAUCAUCACGUGUGUUUCUGCAACAACGAGACGCCCAGCCGGGUCACGCUGGAUUACUACAGACAAGGCAGAGGACUGAAGGGCCUCAGCGCCACGCUCAGAGCCAUGUCCUCAGACAACAGCAGAGUUCUUCUCACACCACGCUUGUCCAGACGGAUGGCUGCGGUCACGUCCACGACCUCCUCUCCCGGGGAGGCACGGAGCUCCUCUGCACCUCCUUACAAAGAAGCUCUGCCUCUGAUGGGCAGGAAAAAUGAGGAGGUGGACAGGGAUGGCCUUCAGGCAGUAUGUGAGCAGAGUGCCCCCACCUGCACCCCCCCCACCUGUUCACCCAGUAUCAGUGCCUCGUCAUCUUCGUCAUCUUCGUCAUCACCGGCUCUGGAGCCUCUGGGUGAGCUGCGCAAGGAACCCAUGAACAUCUACAACCUCAGUGCCAUCAUUAGAGACCAGGUAAAGCACCUCCAGCGUGCUGUAGACCGGUCCUUCCAGCUCUCCAGACAGAGAGCUGCAGCCAGGGAACUGGCCCCUCUUCUGGAAAAAGAUAAGGAGAGCUGCAUGGAAGAGAUCCUUAAGCUCAAGUCCUUACUCAGCUCCAAGAGGGAGCAAAUAUUGACCCUUCGACUGGUCCUCAAGGCCAACAAACAGACAGCAGAGGUGGCUCUGACCAACCUGAAGAGUAAAUACGAGGCGGAGAAAUCCAUGGUGACCGACACCAUGAAGAAGCUGAGAAACGAGCUGAAGGCCCUGAAGGAAGACGCUGCCGCCUUCUCCUCUCUGCGAGCCAUGUUUGCCACCAGGUGUGAUGAGUACGUGAGCCAGCUGGAUGAGAUGCAGCGGCAGCUGGCUGCAGCCGAGGACGAGAAGAAGACUCUGAACUCUCUCCUGCGUAUGGCUAUCCAACAGAAGCUGGCCCUCACCCAGCGUCUGGAGGACUUAGCUUUUGAUCAAGAGCAGACAUGCCAUGCUCGCGGGGGCAGGGUAAGUCGAGGGAAGGCCGGUACCCCCAAAGUUAGUUCAUCAGCCUUGGCUUCAUCCUCCAGUGUUCCUCAAGGCUCCACUUCAGGUGCCUGUUGUUCUGGUCCCAGCUUCACCAGUCCUACUUCUGUACUUAGCCCAUCUGUGGCUAGAGCAGCAGUUCUUACCUCUCCUACAUCACACAAGCCCCCCCUUAGCCAAUCGUCACCAUCAGUCACCUUGCUAAUCAGGCCCCCUGCACCAGAAAGCCCUCCUUCUUUUAAGGCCCCCUCCUCUUCUUCAAUGCAAACGCCUCCUUCUACUCCCCCGAGGCUGACUCAUUCCAAGUGGGCCAUGGGGGUACGAACAUUUCUGGUCGAUUCCCCCAGUUUUGGUGUCAACAUGUCCCCUGGCCUGUCUCGUAGCUCAGCCCGGUCAAGGCUCUUCACCUCAGAUUCUCAUGCCUCCCCCACCAGAUCCAUCCAACCAGGAUCUGCCCCUUGCUCCCCCUUUCGCUCCCCUGUUCCAGGGCUUAGACACUCUACUUGGAACACCUCGGCCCGAACCCGUUCUCUGUCUAGCACGGCCCACUCUUCAGUCCUUUAUACUACUUCCUCAUCCUCUCUUUACUCCCCCUCCCACACCGGCUUUUACAGCUCCUCCCCCAUUUCUACCCCCUCUAGCUCCUACCUCAGUUCUGGCACGUCCUCCUCCUACAGCCACUCGAGCCAGUACACACCACUGUAUCCCAGAUACUACAGUCCAUAUCGGCCCCGGGAAUGA